UGUUUCAGGUGCAACACAGACCUGUCAGUGCCAUAAACUGUUAGACUCCAGCACCAGUUCAUUGUUAAAGACAACAGCCAGCGGGGCAUCGUUUGUUCCGCAUUUAUCGUCAGAAAGAUACUCCGAAUGGAAUGACAGAUUCGAGCAAACGUGCAUCGAGUGGCUUUACAGGUAGGAAACAGGUUGAGCAGGUAGUCUCACGGGCGGAUGAUUUAAAGCUGAAAACAUGGCAAGGUUCAUGAGUAGACUGUGGUGUAAGGUGGAGUCAUCCGGUCGCCAUCUGCCCAUCGUUCUGAACGCCGUGCUGGUGUUCUCCAUCACUGCCGAGGUCAGUUACCUGGUGCUGGUGGAGGCGCCCCUUGAGCCAGAACAGAAGAAGACCGAGUGGUCCGCCAUGUGGAAGGCCAUGCAUCUCUUCGCUCAGUAUUUCAUGUUGGGAAACAUAACCUGGAAUGCAUCGCUGUUUGUCAAAACCAACCCGAGUAUUCGAGGAGUGUUUCUUGGAGGGGAUACGUUGGGUCAAGGGUGGAGGUACUGUUACAACUGUGAGACACACACUCCUCCACGAUGCUCGCACUGCUAUGACUGCAACGUGUGUGUGCUGCGACGGGAUCACCACUGUGUGUUUUUUGGCCAGUGUGUUGGUUUCCACAAUUACCGGUAUUUCCUGACCUGUCUGCUCUUCAUGUGGGCAGGGCUGCUCUAUGCGGUAGUCAUGAAUGCCGAGGUUUUCAUUGUCAUCCUGAAGGAGGGCGUAACGUUUCACAGCAUCAUGCUUUUGCUCGUGCCCUGGAUAAUGCUCGUCUCUGGACAGGUGACGGCACGAGCGUUUGCCUUUGCAUUCAUUGCAGAUACUUGUGUAGUGGGCUUCCUGUUGGUUGCUGCGUUCCUCUUCUUUCAUGUAGCUCUGAUGCUGAGGGGACAGACCACACGCGAGUGGUACUCCACACGGCAGCCGUACAACCUAGGAGUGCUGGCCAACAUCAGGGAAUGCUUGGGCAGGUACUGGUACAUCUGCUGGCUCUGUCCUUUGAUACCUUCCCCACUGCCCGGAGACGGCAUCAAUUUCAAGGUGACGGGUUCACUAGAGCCCAUGAAGUAGGGUGUGCGCUGAAAGAUAUUUUCUCAUUGCAAUUUUAAUACGUUGGCCCAGCUGAUGCAGAACGGCAUGUUUUUGAGCCUGAAGCAGAAGCAGCGGCUGCAUGCUGCGCUCACGCCAAACAAUUAGCGUCUCUUACCAGCUAUUUUUUUAUCUGAAGAACCAGCACGACAUGCUGAUUUCUGAUUUCACCUUUACAGUUUUGCUCGUCAGGAGUCUUAAAGUUUUUAAUUGGCGCAAUUUGGUUUAUGUAAAGUAUUUUAUUAUGCAUUUUCUCACUUGUUCUAUUGUGUAAUAUUUGCUUUUGUGAAGCAAAAAGUGUUUUAUUAUUGUUUCACCUGCUCUUUUUUUUUUUUUUUUUUUUUUGCAGUCAUUAAUGUGCCAAAUAAUUUGUUCAAACAAAUGUAAAUGUGUCAUUUUUUCUUUUGUCCUGUUAUAAAACACAAUUAUUAUUUUUUUCAUUGUAUGGAGCUGAAUAUUGUUCGUCUUAAGUCUUAUGUUUAUGUUUGUUAUAGUGAAUCAGUACCGAUGCAUAUGUUAUCUUUCUUUAAAAUAAAUUUAAAAUAAAAAGUUUUUAUUUUUUGUUAUCUAA